AUGAUGCGCGUUUCACGAUGGCUGUACUUUACUCAAAAUCUCGAUAAACCAAUAUGGUUCGCUCUGCGCAAUUACUCCAACAAAGACUCCACGUAUACAUCUCGUUUGCAGGCCCAAAUUAACGCGAGUGAACAGAAUUUGGUCCUGAAAGUUAAACCGUAUUCACCACCACAUGAUGUUAAAUCGAGAAUUAACUCACUAGCAGUUCGCCUUCUUGGUGCCGAAUCCGCAAACCCAUCAGCCUAUCGUUUCAAAUCUAACGAAGAGCUAUACAAAAUUUUUACAGCAUGUUCGGAGGAGUUCCAGCACUCGGUUUCAAACAGCUACCUUCACGAGUUAGUGGAUGUAGAAUCACUUAUUCGCUAUUACCUUACACCCGUGACAUCUCCUGACGCCCUGUAUCGCUUGAUGGAUAAAACGGAAAACGACGACCAACUUCCACCAAAUCUAUGCAUACAGACCGAACCACUAAGGUUCGACCCGAACGAUAAGAGCUUCUUUAGCACUUCAGCUUACCCGGGGCGUUCCACAAUCACUAGCGGCCUAGCCACAGCAAGAAGAUACAAAGGAUUCCGAGCACCACCUGCCAGACGUAUCCGAGUAGAAUAUGAAGAUCAAACAUGA